AUGACUGAUGAAUUUACUCAAUCAUUAGAAUAUAUCUCUGAUCAACUCAAUAGAUAUGUAGCACCUAUAAUUUUUAUUGUUGGUGUAGUAGGAAAUAUUCUAAAUUGUCUUAUUCUAUCAAAACGAACACUUCGAUCAAAUUCAUGUGCACUACUUUUUUUGAUUUCAUCUUUUACUAGUCUUAUCUCCAUUCUAAUUGGUUUACCAACUCGAAUAUUAGCUGGUUGGCACGUUGAUCCAACAAAUACAUUUGAUUGGGCAUGUAAAACUCGUGUUUUUAUUGUAUUUAGUACAAGAACAAUGUCCAUAUGGUUAAUUACAUUAGCUACAAUUGAUCGAUGGUUAUUAUCAUCUAUUGAUAUUCAUCGUCGACAAAUGAGUAAUUUAAAAAAUAUUAAACGAGUAAUUUUUAUCGUUGUAAUUCUAUCGAUUGUUUUUUAUAUUCAUAUGAUUUGCUGUUAUAAAGCUAAUAUGAAUGAUGAACCAUUAAAAUGUUAUGGUAAAUCAGUUGAAUGUCGUAUUAUGACUGAUUUAAUUUAUGCUAUUAUAACAAUAAUAAUUCCAUUAAGUUUAAUGAUUAUAUUUGGUUUAACUAUUAUUUCAAAUGUACAUCAUAUUCAUACUCGUGUACAUACACGAACAAUUAUAUCAACAGUUAUAUCAUCAAGAACAGAAGAAUUAAGAAUAAAAAAAAUUGAUCAUCAUUUAGUUCGAAUGUUAUUAGUACAAGUUCUUCUUUUAACUAUAUUUUGUAUUCCACAAGCAAUACAAAAAUUUUAUAUUACAUUUAAACCACAUAAUUUACUUAGCAAACAAGAAGAUGCUUUAAAUCAUUUUCUAUAUAAUAUUGAAGUAAUUCUAGCUUUUAUAGCAAGUGGUAUGCCAUUUUAUGUUUAUACAAUAAGUGGCGGUACAGUUUUUCGGAAAGCAUCAAAAGAUUUUAUGAAAGAAGUCUAUCGAAAAUUGACUUGUCAAUUAUAA